GUUAGUGACGUCACACCUCCUGAAAGCCUGUCUAUGGAGCUGCUGCUGCGGCCCAUCCACAGGAAAGAGCGGGAGUUGUGAAUGUAGAACAGUGCUGUUAUUAGGCGGAGUUUAAUGUCAGAGCGGUGCAACACUACACACAAGAAGAUAAAAUGUCAUCCGUACUUUCAGAAUAUACAAUUGGUGGGGUGAAAAUCCUCUUCCCAUGUAGAGCGUAUCCUUCCCAGCUUGCAAUGAUGAAUUCAAUUAUGAGAGGCCUGAAUUGUAAACAGCACUGCUUGUUAGAAAGUCCAACUGGAAGUGGAAAAAGCUUAGCCUUGUUAUGUUCUGCACUUGCAUGGCAGCAGUCUUUAUAUGGAAAGCAGUUGGUGGAUGAAAAAUCAGAUGAGAAAGAGUGGAAAAAAAUGGAGAGAGUUACUCCAUGCUGCUGUUCAUGUCAUUUGAAAAAUUCUGAUCAAACUACUUUCUCCAGUGAUAGACAAAUGAAUUCUACAGAUAACGCACCAUCAAAUAUUUCCGGAGCUUCUAGUAACAAAACUACAUUAGCUUCAAAGCUGUGUGCAAAGAAGCAAGCAUCUUUUACAACAGAUCAAGAUGAUGAUUUUCAAACUGACAGGAAAAGGAUUCGCCAGUCUCAUGAUGAACAACUGCAGGCAAGAAAACGUCGUUGUUAUGAAAAAGGUGUGCAGUUUAUUGAUGAUGAUGAUGAUGAUGAUCGGGAUCAUGUGAAGUUUGAUAGUUACAAUCAAAGAAGAGCUAGCAUGGAUAGUUGUGCAGAGGAAGCUAUUGCUGCUUCUUCCAAUCAUUCUGCUGGGCCUUGCAGUCUGUGUUUUUGUGGUCAGACCAAAGAAGAGGAUAAAGCUACUGAAAAGUGCAAGAAGGAAAACGGAGAGAAGCCAAAAGUGCCCAAAAUAUUUUUCGGUACACGUACACAUAAGCAGAUCGCCCAGAUAACAAGAGAACUAAGGAGGACAGCUUACUCAAGUGUUCGCAUGACCAUACUGUCAAGUAGGGAACACACCUGUGUUCACCCGGAUAUUCACUCAAACAGGAAUGAAAGGUGCAAGGAACUUCUAGAAGCAAAGGAUGGGCACUCAUGUCGCUUUUAUCAUGGAGUUCACAAAAUGAAUGAGCAAAGUUUGCUGCAAUACAGACAUGGCAUUGAUAAGGCUUGGGACAUAGAAGAACUGGUUGGAUUGGGCAAAAGGCUACGUGCAUGUGCUUACUUUGCUGCCCGGGAGUUGAUGCAGGGUGCUGAUAUUGUUUUCUGCCCAUACAAUUACCUUUUAGAUUCUCAAAUCAGGGAGAGCAUGGAAAUUUGCUUGGAGAAUCAAGUGGUUAUCCUAGACGAAGCCCACAAUAUUGAAGACUGUGCCCGUGAAUCGGCAAGUUUUAGCUGCAGUGAUGAGCAGCUGAUGUAUGCUCGAGAUGAGAUUGAUAGCAUGGUGAAUCAUGGCAUCCGAGUUAGUGACCACGAGCCUCUAAGGGCUGUGUGCUACAGUUUAACCAACUGGAUAAGACAAUGUUCUGAUCAGCUAGUAGAAAGAGAAUAUGAAGCAUCCUGCAAAGUGUGGAAUGGUAAAGAAAUUCUCUCAAUUUUUCAUGACAUGGGCAUAACAAAUGCAACCUUUCCUCUGCUGAAAGUUAAUCUUGCUGCUGUGGUUGAAAAAGAAGAGAAGAUAACUAUGUUCCAUGGGCAGGAAAAUGUAAUUAAAAUUCCUACACUCAGUCCACAAUCACAGAUGGUUUUAAAGGGCCUGUUUCUGGUUUUGGACUACCUCUUUCGUCAGAAUAACAGGUUUGCAGAAGAUUAUAGAGUUGCCCUUCAGCAAUCAUAUACAUGGACAAACAGACCAGAUAUUCCAGAUGAAAAUGGAUUUUUUGCAAGACCUAGAAGCAGGAGAAGUAUUCGACAAAAGAUUAUGGUCUACACUCUGAAUUUCUGGUGUCUAAAUCCAGCUGUGGCAUUCUCAGAUCUAAGCAGCAAUGCUCGCACUAUUGUCUUAACAUCAGGAACUUUGUCUCCAAUGGGAUCAUUUUCAUCUGAACUUGGAGUUAAGUUUUCAAUACAGCUUGAGGCAAACCACGUGAUUCAUAAAUCCCAGGUGUGGGUUGGUACUGUCGGGGCUGGUCCUAAGGGUCGAAAGCUUUGUGCAACAUUUCAGCACACAGAGACCUUUGAUUUUCAGGAUGAGAUUGGGGCCCUCCUUCUCUCUGUGUGCCAGACAGUGAGCCAUGGAAUACUGUGCUUUCUGCCAUCUUACAAGAUGUUGGAGAAACUGAAAGACAGGUGGAUGCACACUGGGUUAUGGGAAAAUCUGGAGAGGAUCAAGACCGUCAUUAAGGAACCGCAAGGAGGGGAUAAAACUGACUUUGACAAAUUGCUGCAAAUGUACUACGAUGCAAUUCGUUAUAAGGGCGAGAAAGAUGGGGCUCUUCUAAUUGCUGUGUGCAGAGGGAAAGUGAGUGAAGGACUGGAUUUCUCUGAUAACAAUGCACGUGCUGUUGUUACUGUAGGCAUUCCAUUCCCAAACAUAAAAGAUUUACAGGUUGAGCUAAAGCGAAAGUAUAAUGAUCAACAUGCAAAAAACAGGGGGCUUUUACCUGGCAGCCAGUGGUAUGAAAUUCAAGCAUACAGAGCUCUCAACCAAGCCUUGGGAAGGUGUAUCCGCCAUAAGAAUGAUUGGGGUGCCUUAAUUCUGGUUGAUGAUCGUUUCCGCAGCAAUCCUAAAUACAUCACUGGGCUAUCAAAAUGGGUACGCCAGCUUGUGCAGCACCACUCCACCUUUAAUGGAGCACUUGAGUCAUUAACUGAAUUCUCAAAGAAUCAGCAACAGAGAAUGCAAAUGUCCAGCACAAACUGUGAUGACGAGCCUUCCCAGGGAACGUCUUCUUCUUCCAAGAACACCUCUCCAACCUCCUCAUUGUUGGAGUUCACAGUUCAUCCUACACAAAGUGUCAGUGAAUUCACACAACCAACAUCUUCAACCCAGAGUUCAGUAACCUCACCUCCAGAGAUUGCAAUUCCCUUUAGUCCGAUUCAAGCAUCUCUUGGUGGUACUGCUCCAAGAGAUAAUGCAGAAGUUUUAUCUCAUUGGAAAGAAGAGCAAAGACGCAAAAGCAACACAUCAAUCAAAACAAACUUGAUGAAAUCAUUUGAGAAAUCUAAAUCGAAUUACUCCAAACAGAGAACGUCUUUCUAUAAUUAUUUUAAAAGCAACGCACACACUUCAACCCCACGGCAAUCCUCUUCAAAAACACGUGAGUCUAACUUAGAGAUCUGUUGUAAUGAACUUGCAAGUGGUUAUAGUGCCUCCGCAAAUUCAGGCUCCUUAUCACAGGGAUUUGGUAGAGAAAAUAAUGUUUCUAGAAAGCAGGAUGAAGGCCUUAAUGAAAGUUGUCAAGAAAUCCUGUGCAAUGCUGUACCCCUGUUCCAUUGCACAAAUAAAGAAACACAUGCAAGUGUUAGUCCACCGCGUAAAUAUGUGGAACCCUCAGUUUCUAUGCUACCUGAGGAUAACACUGACACUGAUAUUACAAUACAUUGUACUCCUGAACUGUACGAUGAUGAUGGCCAAGAGAAUCUUGUUUCUGAUGAGGAAGACAAAUGUAAUGAAGAAAAAGAGAACAAAAUAGACAGCGGCAGAGCAGACAAAGAUACAAAUGCAUGUGCUCUUGACACAUCUGUUAAAAGAGAGAAUCUGUUCCACAAAGAGGAAUAUCUAAAUGUUUCAGGCAAUGAAAACGCAUUUAAUAUAGGCAGAAAUAAAGGAACAGAGCAAAAGAACAGAGAAAACAGGCUUUCGCGGUCUAGAAAUAAAGGAGUGUCCUCCUUUUUUUUAGACUAAGUGUAUGAGAUUAGUUAAAAUAACAUACAAGUAAAAAUACACUUGUGUUGCUUAAGUAAGUGACGUUUCACCUUGUUUGGUCACUUCUUAGACCAAAGUUAUGUUUCUCUAAGCCACUAUGUUCCAUUUUUUGACAGUUUGGCAGCACUAUAUGCCGCAAGUUAAAGAUCUUUCAGUAUAAAACAUUAUAUUCAGUUAUUAUAAUACAUUUAUUUCACUAACGGGAAUCUAAGGCGUCAUGUACAUAAAAUAACCUUAAAAUAUAAACAUUUCUUAAAUAACACGUCCUCUUUGAUAAUAAACAGUUCUUAAAUCAUGUUUGUUUCACCAUUAUAUAUGUCAGUGACAGAUAUUUUUGUUUUAUUUUACAAUUCUUUUAUUGUUUUUUUAGAUAUAAAUGAGUGCCUGGACAUUGUUUAAUGGCACGCUACAGCAAACUUUUCAUGUAGCUCUUACUGUAAAACAAGAUAUUGUUGACUGUAAAUAAAAAUGGAUAUUAUAUUUUCGAUCUUUUGAAUUAUAAAACUUGUUUCUAAUAAA